GCUCCGGCGCCGGGGACCACGCGCGACUGGUUAGAUCUUGUCGUGAUCUCUGGAAAACUGUGACUAUCUCACAUGUCCUGCCCUGCUCGGAUCCCCUGCGCUAACGAGCCAGGCCCCCCUUGAUUGCUGAUUUUACGCUUUUUGGACCAAUUGUGGGUCUCCGGGGGCGGGGUUUUGACAGCUCAGGCCAAGCUCUGGCCGGGAGGGGGGGCCGGGGAGAAGGUGUCGGAAGCCUCAGCAGUAAGAAAACAUGUCAACAGAAUAAAAUAUUAACCAAUGACGGGCCAGCGGGCCCCGAGACCCCUCCCCCUGCCCCGGCCCCCACCUCGCCGCCCGCGCCCGCGGCUGCCUGCGCCGGGACGCGAAAGCUCGGCGGGCCGACCCGACCCGCCGAAAGGGCCUGAGGCGGGGGCGCCCGGGUCCCAGGGCCCUGGGGAAGGACCCCCAGCCGCACGCCGGCCCCAAGUGCAAAGCACUGACACGGCCCCGAGAGGAGAGGGGGCGCCCUCCCUCUCCCGCGCCUUGCCGCCCGGCCGCUCUGGCCCGCGCCCCAGCUUGGCCUCCGACCCCGCUCCCGGCCGCGGUGCCGCCCGGGGCCCCUGCACUCCGGAGGGAGGCUGCGGGUGCUGGAAAGAGAGGCCGGUGGGCUGGCGAGUCGGGAGGCGCGGGCGGCCGAGGUCCCGGAGUGGAACCCAGGUGGCGGGAGCCGGAAGACUCAGGAGGAACCUGGAGUUCCGGGCAAGCUUUGGAUUCAGCCCAGUAACCGUCUGCGUCCCCGACCCAGCCCUGAGCCCUCCGACGGUCUGGAGAGCCGGUCCUUGGGCUAGGAAGGUGUGCGCACCUUCCGCCGAGCACAGGGCGGCACGGCGCGGGCUGAUCCCGGCCCUCAGAUUCUUGACCCGCGACCCAACGAAUUUUCGCCGCAUCCGGUACCGGUACCGGAGACAUAAGCCUUCCUCAUCCUAAACACCGGCAUCCUCUCUCCGCCACUUUCCUAGAGUUUGUUUGCGACUCUCGGAAGCGCACGUCCUCCAAGUUCAGUACUGCCGAGUAAUGAGUGUGGGGGUCGGAGUGUCUGUGCGCACCUGUAGCUGAACGCCCCUACCCCACUCUCCUCAAUCAGUCUUGGUUCUCCAGCAGCCCC